AAUUUCGCCAGUAGUGAAACGACACAUGGAAAAGUGCAAGGCAUUCUGCUUAAAACACUAUAUGACGAACAGUUUUACGCUUUUGAUGGCAUUCCAUAUGCUAUCCCUCCUCUCGGAACGCUGCGCUUCAAGGAGCCACACGAUCUGAAGCCUUGGCAUGGAGUUCGAGAUUGCUCCAAGCCCUUGAACAAGUGCCUACAAGUGAGCUCCUACACCAAGUUGGUGGAGGGUUCCGAGGACUGCCUGUACUUGAAUAUUUCAGUGAAAACCCUGCACAGUGAGAAACCUUUGCCGUUGAUGGUCUAUAUCCAUGGCGGUUUGUUUAAAAGCGGAGAUUCCUCGAGACAAGCAUGGGGUCCGGAUUACCUAAUGAGAGAAGAUGUCCUUCACGUAAGCAUCGGACAUCGCUUGGGACCAUUGGGGUUCCUCAGUUUUAAAGAUCCCUCGCUGGGAAUUCCUGGAAACGCAGGCCUCAAGGAUAUAAUCAUGGCUCUACGUUGGAUAAAAGCGAACGCAGCCAACUUCAACGGGGACCCUGACAGGAUUACCAUCUUCGGCCACAGCUCUGGUAGUAUGAUCGUUCAUAUGCUGUUGUCCAGUCCACAAGCGGAAGGACUCUUUCAGAAGGCGAUCCUUAUGGCCGGUUCCUCCAUGGAGCUGAACGGCCUGCCUCAUAUGGAAUACCGCCUGGCCAAACACUUGGGAUUUGAGGGAGAAAACGUUGAUAGUCAUGUUUUGGAGUUCCUCUUGAAGGCAGAUCCGCAUCAGCUCGUCUCAACGGACCUUUUCAGUCCAGCGGAGAAGGGUAAAGGUCUUUCUAUGGCCUUUGUACCUAGCGUAGAGUGGUAUCCCACUUCCAACGCUGUUCUUCUGGCCAAUCCCAAGGAUCUGCUGCGCAACAGCUGGAGCAACCGCAUUCCUAUCAUACUUGGCGCUAAUAGUAAUGAAGGACUACUCGACAUGGUCGGUGGGAGGACCGAUCCCAAGGUCCUUAAGAUGUUCCACAAAUAUCCGGAGCGCGUGCUUCCCUGGACCCUCAAGCGUUGGUGCGGUCCCGACCUGCAGCGUGAAAUGGGUCGGGAACUGUUGGAGUGUUUCUGCAAUGCGCAUGGCGAACAACUGAGCACUGAGCAUUUCAAUGCCUUAUCAGAACUGUUUACCCACAACGCUUUCCAUUCGCUUGAUCGAUUAGUGCAGUCCAGAACGGCUUACAGCCGAGCACCAACUUAUUUUUACAGAUUCGAUUUCGAUUCCCCAGACUUUAACUUUUACCGGAUUCGAUACUUUGGAAAGGAGCAGCGCGGCGUUGCUCAUGUGGACGAGCUAGGCUACAUCUAUGUAAUUCCGGCUACUUUUAAAUUGGAUGAUUCACGACCAGAAUUCACCGUGAUUUGUCGAAUGGUGUCAAUGCUGGUGCACUUUGCCGCCACCUCGGAUCCCAACUCUCCGCUGACCAAGCCGUUGGUAGAUUGGAAGCCUGUCAAUCGCUCUGGAACUCGAAUGGUGCUCAACAUCAGCGAGGAACUGCAGUUUAUUCCACUGCCAGAGACGCCCAAGCUUAGGUUCUACGAUCACUUGUUCGAAAGAGCUGGAGUGUCCCUUUUUUAGAUUUCUUUAGCUUAAGCUAGUCAAGAAGAAGGAGCUCCGACUACCUAGAUACACGAUGCUUUGUCUACCAGUUUUUAAAAAAGUAUGUCGUCAAUUAUGUGUUUUUCUUAUUGUCCAGCAGAUGGCGCACAUGCAGCUCUAUUGGCACGGCCAACAAAAGACUUGCAAUCGCCAUCUUCUGGUCACUAAAGGCGUUUUGAAUAUAGCUAUACUAAGCUGUUUAAUACAUUAAAAAUACAAACUUAAA